AUGGGAUCAGAAUCAUCCGAUCAACGAAGACAGCAACAGCAACUCAGGGAUCAGCAUCAAGACGCAGUGUAUAGUCUAGCAUUGGAUGCAACACGUCACACUAUAUUUAGUGCCAGUCGGGAUCAAACUUUAAAAGAAUGGAAUUUUGAUCAUGCAGUGGCCACUUUACAACAUACUUAUACGGAUCUUCAUAAGGGUAGCAUUCUUUGCCUCGAUGUAGAUGAUCAUUAUAUUGUCAGUGGCAGCAAGGAUAGAACUAUUGUUCAAACGGACCGGUGGCGUCGACAAAAAUUACGUGUCCUUCAUGGUCAUCAAGAUAGCGUAUUGAAUGUAGUAUUGGACAAGGAUUGGAUUUAUAGUGCUUCCAAAGAUCGAACCAUCAAUAUCUGGUCAUCUUCUACCGGUGAUUUAUUACGGACCUUACAUGGACAUAGAGAAGCUGUUAAUGCUAUCAAAUCUCAUCAAAAUAGAAUCGUAUCAGCAUCUGGUGAUCGAACAAUCAAAUUAUGGCAUAGGGAUACAGGAGAAUGUCUGCAAACGUUUUUGGGACAUGAACGUGCAAUAUCAUGUUUAGAUUUUGAUGGAACAUAUAUAGUUAGCGGCUCUAAUGAUAAAAGUAUCAUUAUCUGGGACAUCACUGGAAAAAUGGUUCGAAAAUUCUAUGCUCAUACUGGUUUGGUGCGCACUUUACAAUUACAACAACCACAAGAUGAUAACUAUGUUGAUCAUCCUCCUUUACCAUCGCAAGCUGUUAAUAUAACUGGACAACAAGAAGAGGCAACAAUACCACCAACAUCAAGGAUUAUUGUUAGUGCUGGAUACAAUGAUAAUGUCAACGUAUGGGAUUUUGAAACUGGUCGAUUAUUACAUACUUUUCCAAGGUAUUAUCAAGGAAGGUAA